AUGGGAAAUCAAGUAGACAUCCAAAGAGAGCCAGCUGAAACAGAGUCGGAAAGCACAGGAGCAAGAAGCAGACGAGUUGGGUUCAGUGGCUCUCUAACUCCAAGGCGGUGGAGAGACAAUGAAGAUUACGUUGAGGUAACAUUAGACGUCCAUGACGAUGAAUGGAUCUCCAUCCAUGACUUCACAGAUUGUGAUUCUAUCAAAGAAGAAGUAAAAGAAGAAGAAGAAGAAGAAGAAGAAGAAGAAGAAGAGAGCGAUGAUGAGGAGGUGGUGGAAGUGCCUAAAUCGCUCUCAUUCAGGUUGAUGAGACAGGUCUCACAAGGCCUGAAGCGCAUGGCUAGCGCAGCUCCAUCUCCCAAGAGGUUGAUCAGCUUCAGGAGGAGGAGUAAGGUUGAUAGGACCAAGUCAGGAGCCACUCGCGCACUUCUAGGGCUUCAGUUCAUGGCUAAGAAUGUUGUGGCCAAAGGUUGGUCCGAAGUUGAAUCUAAGUUCAACCAUUUAGCCAUUAAUGGAGGAGUAGUGCUUCCUAGGUCUCGCUUUGGUCAAUGCAUAGGAAUGACUAAGGACGAGUCAGAUGGGUUUGCGGGUGAGUUAUUCGACUCGCUAGCUCGGAAGAGAGGAAUAGAGACUAAUUCAGUGACCCUGGACGAGCUUCAUGAGUUCUGGAAGCAGAUAACCAAUGAAAACUUUGAUAACAGGCUCCAGACCUUCUUUGACAUGGUGGACAAGAAUGCGGACGGGCGGAUCACUGAAGAAGAAAUUAGAGAGAUCAUAAAACUCAGUGCUUCCACUUGCAAACUGUCAAAGAUUCAUCAAAGUGCAGAUGAAUAUGCAGCUCUGAUCAUGGAAGAGUUGGAUCCAAACAACAUAGGAUACAUUGAGAUUUACAACUUAGAGAUGUUGCUGUUGCAAGGAAGCCAAUACUCAACAGACCUUGCAACUAACAACCACAAGCUGAGCAAACUUCUAAGCCAUAAACUCAUCCCAACCAAAGAACCCAACCCAAUCAAGAGAUGCUAUCAAAGGAUGGCCUACUUCCUAGAGGAUAACUGGAAGAGGGUUUGGGUGAUAGUCCUCUGGAUUUCCAUUUGUGUGGGGCUUUUCACUUGGAAGUUCAUCCAGUACAAGCACAGAGCUGUGUUUGAAAUCAUGGGAUACUGUGUUUGCACUGCCAAGGGUGCCUCUGAGACCCUUAAGUUCAAUAUGGCCCUCAUUCUUCUCCCUGUCUGUAGAAACUCCAUCACUUGGCUAAGGAGCAAGACCAAGCUUGGAGCUAUGAUUCCCUUUGAUGACAAUAUCAACUUCCAUAAGGUAAUAGCUAUAGGGAUUGCAAUAGGAGUUGGGCUCCAUGUAAUUCCACAUUUGGCAUGCAAUUUCCCUAGGCUUCUAAAUUGUACAAAUAAAGAGUAUGAGCCCAUGAAGCCAUUUUUUGGCAAUACACAUCCUACAAAUUACUGGUGGUUCUUCAAAGGCUUUGAUGAGAAUUGGACCGGAGUAGUGAUGGUUGUACUUAUGGUGAUUGCCUACACAUUGGCCCAACCGUGGUUCCGAAGAAACCGGCUCAAGCUUCCCAAACCAUUGAAAAAGCUCACAGGCUUUAAUUCCUUUUGGUAUUCUCACCACUUAUUUAUCAUUGUCUAUAUCCUCUUCAUCUUCCAUGGCUUCUUCCUCUACCUCAGCAAGAAAUGGUACCAGAAAACAACAUGGAUGUAUCUUGUCAUGCCGAUUGCACUAUACGCAUGUGAGCGAUUGGUUUGUGCCUUUAGAUCUCAUUACUAUAAGAGGGUGAGGAUUUUGAAGAUUGCGAUUCACCCUGGAAAUGUAUUGGCGCUUCAAAUGACCAAACCUCGAGGAUUUCAGUAUAAAAGCGGGCAGUAUAUAUUUGUCAAGUGUUCAACAAUUUCUUCUUUUCAAUGGCAUCCUUUUUCAAUUACAUCAGCUCCAGGAGAUGACUACUUGGGCAUUCAUAUUCGUAGCUCAGGUGAUUGGACAUCACAACUCAAAAAGGUCUUCUCUAAGGUAUGCCCAACUCCAACCGACGAACAAAGAGCUGACCGCGAGCAAGGGGAGAAUAACCGGAGGUUUCCAAGGCUAUUGAUUGAUGGCCCAUAUGGAGCCCCUGCACAAGAUUACAAGGAAUAUAAGGUUGUCCUUUUGGUUGGGCUUGGGAUUGGGGCAACACCUAUGAUCAGCAUUGUUAAGGACAUGUUAAAUAACAUCAAGCAACAAAAGCAGAUAGAGAAAGGAGGAGGAGUUGUGGUGGAGAAUGGAGGCAAGGCAAACCAGCCGCGAUCUCCGGUGACAAGCCGAGUUUAUUUCUACUGGGUCACAAGGGAGGAAGGCUCAUUUGAGUGGUUCAGGGAAGUGAUGAAUGAGGUAGCCGAGUAUGACCAAGAAUGUGUGAUUGAGCUCCACAACUACUGUAGUAGUGUUUAUGAGGAAGGUGAUGCCAGAGCUGCUCUCAUUGCUAUGCUUCAAUCACUUCAUCAUGCCAAGAGUGGUAUAGACUGUGUCUCUGGGACACGAGUUAAGACUCACUUUGCUAGACCAAAAUGGCGCGAUGUAUUCAAACGUCUCACUCUAAACCACACUAAUCAACGCGUUGGGGUGUUUUAUUGUGGUGCUAGUCUUGAUUUGGAAGGAGAGUUGAGAAGGCUUGCACGAAACUUUUCUCGAAGGACCACUACUAAAUUCGAUUUCCACAAGGAGAAUUUUUGAUGCACCUAGCUCUAUAGGAAUAGGACUAAGUUUUUCUUAAGCGACGGACGAGAAUGGCCAUCAUUGUACUUGGAUGCGCAUAGGGGAACAGAAGCAUUUUUUGACAUUUUUUGACAUCCAACAUACAGGGAGGGAAGAAAUGAUGAAGGUAGAUUUGUGGGGUGAACCUUCUUCACUAGUGAAGGAAAUUUUUCACCAUAGAAAUAUA